AUGACACCUACGAAGGUGAUGAAGCAUCGAUCUCAUAGCAAUUUCCACCAUUCAGUAAAAGGUAAAUCUCUGAUGGUGCAAUUUGGGCAAGCAGGGUUGAAACCUUCUCAGAUUAAAAAGGUCGUUAAUACAAUGAAAAGCUCAAAUGUAGUUGAUGUAACUUCAAAGCAAUGUGUCGAUGUCUUAUCUGAGCAUCGAAAACAACAUAGAGGAAAGGAGUUAUGUGGACUAAUAAAACAUUUUCAAGAUAAAACAUUAGUUGACGGUGACCAGUAUUUUGUCGUGGAUUUGUCUGAUGAUGGGUAUCCUAGAAAUAUCUUUUGGGCUGAUGGUACAAGAGAUGCAUAUACAAAAUUCAGAGAUAUUGUUGUCUUUGAUGUCACGUAUAUGACUAACAAAUUCAAGAUGCCUUUUGCUCCCUUUACUGGGGUGAAUCAUCAUGGACAAUCUAUACUUUUUGGUGGAGCGUUGCUUGAAAACGAAAAAGAGGAGACAUUUGAAUGGUUAUUUGAACAUUUCCUCAAAUGUAUGUUUGAUAAGUAUCCGAAGGCAAUUAUUACCGAUCAAGACAAAGUUAUGGGCAAUGCAAUAAAAAAAGUGUUUCCAAAUACUCGACAUCGCUUUUGUUCAUGGCAUAUCAGGAAGCAUGAAAUUGAGCACCUUCGAUCGUAUGUUUCCCGUUACAGUGAUUUUCAAGAGACACACAGACAAUGGUUAAAUAGUGACACCAUUGAACAAUUUGAAGCAACAUGGGAAGAUAUGCGUAUUAAGUAUGAAUUGGAAAACAAUUGUUGGCUUAGUGACAUGUAUAACCAACGUAUACAUUGGGCUAAACCCUACUUGAAGGAUAUUUCCUUUGCUGGUUUGACCACAACCGAACGAAGUGAGAGUAUCAAUUCAUUUUUUGAUGGAUUUGUUAACUCGAGGACCAUGUUGAAUGAAUUCGUUGUGCAAUGCGACAAAGCAGUUGAGUCACGAAGGGCUGCCGAAGAAGAUGAAGAUUUCAAGACUAUGAACUCGAGACCAGUUCUUUCUUCAGUGCAUCCAAUAAAAGAAAAAGCAGUACAAAAAGGGCGUCCGAAACUUGCAAGUAGAAUAAAGUCUUCUUUAGAGACCCCUAAAAAACGAACAUGCUCUUACUGUCAAAGAUUGGGUCAUUAUGCUACUAGUUGUUCAAAAAGAAAGGCGGAUGAAUCGUUGCAAGAGACAUAA